AUGUCCUUAGUAAACCUAGCUGCAACUUGUCUAUGGUUCUUGCUGGUGUCUAGCUUGACAGACGCAAACGAGGCCAACGUAAAUUGCUUGAGGAACAUAUAUUCCGGAGUUAAGGAUCCUAAUGGAUAUUUAGCGAGCUGGGUAUUUGGCAACCAGACUGCAGGUUUUAUCUGCAAGUUCACUGGUGUGACUUGCUGGCAUGAUGAUGAGAAUAGGGUUUUGAGCAUUAAACUUGGUGGUUAUGGUCUCGAAGGAGAGUUUCCUCUCGGGAUUAAACAAUGUUGGGAUUUGACAGGUCUAGAUCUUUCUAGGAACAACUUCUCUGGAGUUUUACCAUCUAAUAUAGCCUCUUUGAUUCCUUCUGUUACAAUUCUCGACCUUUCUUACAAUAAAUUCUCCGGUAAAAUCCCAGCCGGUUUAUCAAAUAUUACCUUUCUGAACACUCUUAUGCUUCAGCAUAACCAGUUCACUGGUCAGCUUCCUCCUGAGCUAGUGUCAAUGCAGCGGCUCAAACAGUUCUCUGUGGCAUACAAUCAUCUGACCGGUCCCAUCCCUAAAUUUAAUGAAGAACACUUGAAAAUUGGAGUGGACGAUUUUGCUAAUAACGAGGGUUUGUGUGGUCGGCCUAUGGAUGCUUGUGAACCGGACGAAGAUAUGAUCCGGUUUGGGAAGAUGGGUGCAGCAGUUGGUGCGGUUUUAUUUGCACCAUUAGUUGCGUACUUAAGACUCGUUUGUCAUCAAUGGUAG